CGGCUGGUCUCUUGCACUCGAAUCUGAAUCAACACGCAACAAAGAAUUGAUCGGGCUUGAAAGUGUUUCGCAUUUUCGCCAGUACCAAAUUCAUCGAAAACCCCUUCCAUGAGCGGAGAUACAAUCUUGGUUGUGUCCCGUACUGCCCGAAAUGGAGAUGUCCGUAACCAAUCCUCAUGGCCACCCCGAAGUAUCUUCUACGACGUUAUCGCCAGACUUUAAUCUGGACUUUCUGGGCGAUGACUUCGGGACGGAUUGGUCACAAGAACACGAUGCCAGACCCGAAUUACCGCCGCAGCCUACUCCUUUUGGCCUGAGCAAUGAAAACCAGCCAGGCCCCGCUACCGAGGUCGCCGCCGCUUUGCCAUGCAGCAUUAGUGACCCGACGUCGUCAACUUCAGACAAUCUGUAUUUGCAGGCUGCAAAUCAGGAUAUUACCCAAUCUCCGCCGCUAUCUCCAAUUACCACUGAAACUGGGACGUCUCGGUGCACUUUCUGUCGUCCACAGAAGAACCGUCGGAUCGAAUUUUCCAGCGAAGCGGCGUUAAAACUGCACAUCGAAACCGACCACCAGUUCCAAUGCCACAGCUGCCCCAACGUCGGAUUUAAACACCGAUACAGGCUCGCCAAUCACUACAAAACUCAGAAACACCGGCCCAAGACCCCUGGUCGUCCGUCUGAUCCAUGCUACAGGUGUGGCAGAUGCGGCCAAUUCUGCUCACAUCGGGGAAACCAUAUCCGCCACAUACAGACCUGCAAAGGGGGGAAAUUGGAUCAACCAAUGAGUUAUGAGUGCGAUGAUCACGGUGCGACCAGCGUUGAUAGGAACGAUCAUGUCGCUCAUUUGAAUCGUUGCAAAAAGAAGGGACAGAAGAACAGUCACGCCGGGCGAGAAACCGGCAGCAGUUCUGGGAGCGGGUCCCCUUCCAGCACCGGGUCGUAGGUGCACCGGUGCACUACAGCAAUACCGCACCUCGGCACUCAUCAGACUGGUCGGCGGUCCCAAGGUCCACAGGGACGGCAGCGGGCCGGGGCGAGUGGGGUCCACCCGACCCGACCGGUCCGUAAAGCGGGGC